CAUUAUUUUUUUUAAUCCAGUAUCCCCGCCUUCCAGAUUGACAACCCUAAUUGCCCUAAUUUCCUGUCGGAUUCUCCCCUCCUCCUCUAUCGAGUCGAGACCUGUCCCGGCGUCAGCGGCGGCCGAAGGCUUCCAUAUCCGGCGCCGUCGCGCCGAUCGGUUGGUGGCACCGCAUUCCCUCUCCUGUCUUGGAGAGGUCACAGAUCCAUUGUGGGAAGGAUAUAACGAGGAGGAGGGGGAGGAAGUUUGUAUAAUUAUAUAUAUAAAUAUUAUACCUUUUCAUUUUGCUGGCAGUUACAUUUCACCGUUGAUUACCAAUAUAUUAGGGUUCAUUCAAAAUGGAAGGCAAACAUUACGGUGGCAGACAGGAAGCAUAUUUUCAGGAACGACAAAGAGAUAGGGAAGAGGCAUAUUCUAAUUCUCUUGUUGAGGAUUCAGGGGAAGAUUUUCGUUUGCCAAUUGAUCACCGUCCCACGGAGAACCUUGAUAUAGAAAACUUGGAACAAGCAUCUCUGGAUACACAACUUACGUCAUCUAACAUAGGUUUUAGGCUUCUGCAGAAAAUGGGAUGGAAAGGCAAGGGUCUUGGCAAAGAUGAGCAAGGCAUAAUUGAGCCAAUAAAAACUGGUAUAAGGGACUCAAAAUUAGGUGUGGGGAAACAGGAGCAAGAUGAUUUUUUUACAGCUGAAGAAAAUGUGCAACGGAGGAAACUUGAUAUUGAAUUAGAAGAGACUGAGGAACUUGUAAAGAAGCGUGAGGUCCUAGCAGAGCGUGAGCAGAAAAUCCAAACUGAGGUGAAGGAAAUAAAGAAGGUUUUCUUUUGUGAUCUUUGCAACAAGCAGUACAAAUUAGCAAUGGAAUUUGAGAGUCAUCUGAGCUCAUAUGAUCACAAUCACAGAAAAAGGUUUAAAGAAAUGAGAGAAAUGCAUGGGAGCAGCAGCCGCGAUGACAGGCAGAAACGUGAACAAUUACGUCAAGAGAAGGAAAUGGCAAGAUUUGCCCAAAUGGCAGAUGCUCAUAAGCAGCAACAGCAGCAGCAACAGGAACAAUUGGAAGUGUCAGCAGAUACUGGUGCACCAAAGAGUGCUUCCAGACUUUUGGCUCCAGAUCAGCGGCAGGCAUUGAAGUUUGGCUUCUCUAGACCUGGUGCUUCCAAGAAGACUUCUACUGGCGGCAUCAGCAAGAAACCAAAAAUAGCUGUAUCCUCAAUCUUUGGCGAUGAUAGCGAUGACGAAUUAUAAUUCCCUUUCUUGAAGGCUGCCCAUUCUCCAUGCGCUCUUGGAAUAUGGAACUUUAAUCUUCUGAUGAAUCAUGUAAUGAAACUUUUUAUUUUGUCUCAAGUUGCUCUGUAUAUUAAGAUUCUGCCAUUUAUGAUGGCUCUUAUGUUAAGCUUGUUGAAUGGUCUGAACUGUUGAUUUGUUUGUAUCAGUAAACAAUGAGACUAAUACAUCUUGAGCAGAUAACAUGCUCAGAUGGUGGCUUCCUUCCAUCCAACUUCCCAA